UUGCUCUGUCUCAACUUUCAUUAUAAGAUUACGUCAACCAGAAUGCUUUUUUUUUUGCUCCCAAUCACGCUAGAAACCACAGCACUUUCAACAACCACGACACUUUCAACAACCACGAAGAAAGGUGCUCGGGAAGAGGAUGAGAAGAAAUACGGAUAUUACAAAGAUCGAAAUGGCUGCGUCCACAAAGUUCUACAGUCAUAUCAGUUGAUGUACGAUGCUGACUGCACAUACUACUGCCCAUACUAUCCUUUCCGAUACAAAGUUCCUAAUAGGACGCCGUGCUUGAUGCUACUGGAGAACAGACUUCAAGAACGUCAAUACGCUAGUUCAAAAGUAUGUCGCAAGGGAUAUUGCGUAUAUGGUACCUGCGUACCUACCGGUUACGUACAAAGGUGCACGGUACCACAAAAUGGCCCUAGGGUCUCGCGGCUUCCCCCGAAGAACAAUUACGAAUAAAUUGUUCCUGAUGUGUUGCA